AUGCGUCGAAAACCUGUCAAGGAUAUCAUUGCUGAGUCAUUCGUAUCAGAUAUCUCGGACGAUAUUGAUCCUAAUGAAACAUCGAGUGAGCCACACUGGUCAUAUACUGAUUUUGAUGACAAUGUCAGUUCAUCAUCGUCGACUAAUACCGAAAAGACAACAUUACGUCAAGAAACUUUCGUUAGAUUCAUAUCCGCAAAAUCCAAAAAUGGCAAUGUUAAUCGACAAUCAUGUUCAAAUGAUAUGUUCAGUGAUUCAGAUGAAUCCUAUCCAUUGUAUGAAAGUAUUUGUAAUUCAACGUCGUCAGAUUUUGAAGACUUAUCAAUACAAGAUGAAAUUAUCGAUCAAGAAACAUUGAUUGAUACACAAAAAAUGCAAGAUCAACAAAACACUAUUACUAAUGAUAACUCGAACGAGCCAGAUAAAACUAGUUCUAUAUCAAGUGAUAUCGAAAAGAUGACGAUGCAUGAAGAAUCUACGAUCAAAUUUGUAUCCUCUCAUCUAAUACGUAUGUCAGAUAUUCAACAAAAAAAAAUUACUUAUGAAACUUCAAGUGAUUUGACUAAAGUCGAAGUAUAG